UCCCCGUCGCCGCAUGAUGUUCUCGUCGGCGGCGCCUCCGGACGCCGCCGUCCCCGACGAGAUCCUGGGGGAGAUAUUCCUCCGCCUCGGCUCCGCGGCCGACCUGGCCCGCGCCUCCGCCGCCUGCACGGCCUUCCUCCGCGUCGCCCGCUUGCUCCGCCGCAACCGGCUCCUCUACCGCUCGCCCGUCGUUGGGUUCCUCCCGUCUGAGGGACCCCUCUCCCUGCACCCUCGGUCGCUCCACCACGCCGAGCCGCCGCACCGCUCCGCCUCGGCCGCCGUCUCCCUCGCGCAGCUCGUCGACCUCACCUUCUCCUUCCUCCCCGACCCCAACUCCUGGCACAUCCGCGAUGCUAGUGGAGGGCGCCUUCUCCUGGCCCCGCGCCCCACCGACACCACCGCUGGCUUCGUGGACCUCGUGGUCUGCGAUCCCUUGCACCGCCGGUACGUCCGGAUUCCCCCCAUUCCCGACGACCUAACCACCGGUACUUCCCGGUGCGGCAGAUUCGCCUUCCUCGCUCCAGCCGGCGAGGAGGAAUCGUCAUUUCGAGUGGCAUGGCUGGUGAAGCUGGAGGCCAAGGCGGCCGCCUUUGUUUUCUCCUCAGCCACUGGGAAAUGGUGUCGAGUCACAUUCGACGGUUGGAGGGGAAGCGGUGCUGUCAUGCUCACAUCCUGCCGCUACUACACGCACAGAAGCCUCUACCAGACAUCUGGGUUGUUCAGGGAUGUGCUCAUGCUCGACACACGCCGGAUGGAAUUCUCUGUGGUACGCAUCCCCUCUGUCCAAGUUGGCCGACAGCAUGCCAUUGUGGAGGCAGGGGAAGGGACGCUUCGUUUUUUAACUCUUGGUGAUGGCGUGUUAGACCUCUACUGUAAGGCUUGGCAAGAUGCCGAUGCUGGUGCAGAAGAGUGGCGGCACGAAAAGAGAAUCCCCUUGCCUGAUGGUGACGAUCUCAGGUAUACCUUCAGUGGUGCAGGCAGCGGCUACUUACUCCUGCAAGCUAUUCCGCAAGACCUGUCCGAGCUUGCCAGCUCUUCGCAGGAGGUGCCAAAAGUACAAUAUUUCACACUGGAGGUCAAGACAUUGCUGAUGGAGAGGUUGUGUCUGUCAAAUGAACGCGUUGAUUUUGCUCACCUGUAUGCAAACUUCCCGUUGCUGUCACUGCCCAGUGUAUGAGAUGCAGAACGAACUCUCAAGGGGACGGAGCACAACAAGGUUGGCUUCAUCUCCUCGAUGGCUUCAGAAUAUCAGGCGAGGCGAGAGAUUGCUGCUACUGGCAAUGAUGGCACCUAAUCCGUAGUUUUAUGAGCUGUUCAGUGUAAUGUGUAGUGUUUGGUUCCGCAGUUGUAUUCCCCUUCCUCCCCUUUGCCCACAUGCUGUGAUCCAGAGCUAUCUGGUCCUGACUCUGGAUCUGGGGCCAUCAGAUCCUCACCUAUGUAUGCUCUCUGUUUGUUUGUAGUUUGUACUAACUCAGGCUUGCCCAAUGGAAUCCCGGAACACUAGCGAUGAAAAGGAUGUGAGGUUUACCACUCGUA